AAUUUUGUUAAACGAAGCAUCGAGAAAAUGAUCCUGCUCUCCGUCAGUUCCUCAUCGUCAUCUUCGAUCGCAGCCGUCUUCUCCGGCGCGCUUAUUCUGUUUAACUUCUUUGAAGCUACUCUAGGAGCUCCUUGCCCGAUCAAUGGCUUGCCAAUCGUGAGGAAUGUAAGUGAACUUCCUCAGGAUAACUAUGGAAGACCAGGUCUUUCCCACAUGACUAUUGCUGGGUCCGUAUUGCACGGAAUGAAAGAGGUUGAAAUAUGGAUGCAAACAUUUGCUCCGGGUUCAGAGACACCCAUUCACAGGCAUUCUUGUGAAGAGGUUUUUGUUGUCUUAAAGGGAAGUGGUACUCUCUAUGUCGCUGAAACACAUGGAAAUUUCCCCGGAAAACCAAUUGAAUUUCCAAUCUUUGCCAACAGUACACUUCACAUUCCAAUCAAUGAUGCUCAUCAGGUCAAGAACACCGGUCAUGAGGACCUGCAGGUGUUGGUUAUUAUAUCUCGGCCGCCAAUUAAAGUCUUUACCUACGAUGACUGGUUUAUGCCACAUACAGCUGCGAGGUUGAAGUUCCCUUACUUUUGGGACGAGCAAUGCGUCCAAGAAUCGCAAAAAGACGAGCUUUGAAGCAAAGUCCGAAGGUUAACCGAGCACGAUCAUUAAAUAGUAGAAAAUCAUAGGUUAGUUUUUUUGUUUGUGUGACAAUUGAGGCUGGUAAAUUAGUGAGGGUUUUACAUGAAUGGUGUUACGAAAGAGUAAAUGAAUGUUCAAUCUUUGAAACUCUUGAGGCAAGUGAGUCUUUAUUGGUUUUG